UCAAAUAAAACGUCGCCAGUGCGGUAACGCACAAACCACUUACACUUAGGUUAGCAUACUGGUCAGUUGGACUGAGCCAAUACUCCAGCUGAAUGCGUAAUAUGUUUCAUACGCAUUUAGCUGACACCGUCAACAUCAACUCACGCCCAUCCUCCUGCUGAGCUAUUUCUGUCCAAGAAAAUGGCUACAUCGGACUUUGUGCUCGGCGGUCUGGCCUCUGUGGGCGCCACAUUCUUUACCAAUCCCAUAGAAGUGAUCAAAACGCGUAUACAACUGCAGGGUGAGCUGGCGGCCCGAGGAUCCUAUGUUGAACCAUAUAAAGGGAUUGUACAUGCGUUCAUCACAGUGGCAAAAAAUGAUGGCAUGUUGGGACUGCAGAAGGGUCUUGUGCCGGCCCUUUACUUUCAGUUCAUCAUCAAUUCAUUUCGGUUAAGCAUUUAUACAACAGCCGUAGAGAAACAUUGGAUGCAUAACAAGAAUGGCGAAAUAUCAUAUGGACUUGGACUGAUGUGGGGAGCCAUUGGAGGCGUGGUGGGCAGUUAUUGUUCUAGUCCGUUUUUCAUGAUCAAGACUCAACUACAAUCGCAGGCCGCCAAACAAAUCGCUGUAGGAUAUCAGCAUACGCACACAUCCAUGAUGGGUGCACUCUCUGAGAUUUAUAAAAAGAAUGGUAUCGUAGGACUUUGGCGUGGUUCACUUGCGGCGUUGCCACGCGCUGCUGUUGGCUCAGGCGCACAAAUCGCUACAUUUGGGAAGACAAAGGCUAUGCUGCAAGAAUACGAUUUCGUCACGCAUCCCACAUACAACUCUUUCUGUGCGGGCUUAAUAGCCGGGUCAAUAAUGUCUGUUGCUAUCACACCGCCAGAUGUCAUCAGCACGCGUCUCUAUAAUCAAGGAGUUGAUGCGCAGGGGCGUGGUCUGUACUAUAAAGGCUGGCUGGAUUGUUGUUUUAAAAUCUUACGCACAGAGGGUGUUUAUGGUAUGUAUAAGGGCUUCUGGGCGAACUAUUUGCGUAUUGCUCCACACUCUACCUUGGUGCUAUUAUUCUUUGACGAACUGAUUGCGAUGCGUCAGAAAUAUCAGUGAUAACUGGCUGUCACUGCUUGCUAGUCCUUUGUCUCUAAAAUUAAGUACAAAUUUUUUUAUUAAUUGUUGCUUCAACUAUUACAUAGUUGCAGUUGUCAAAACACCAAAGGUUUAUCCCAUUAUUCCAAUCUAAAUCUCCUAGUAGCUCACAGUCUGUCCACCAAGUGCUGACAGUGCCUUCACUAGUAUGCUAACAAAUCACCUCUAGUACCUAAAUGUAAUUGUGCAAUAUUUUAUUAAAUAA